UGACCUGUCAGUGUGCAGAGCGGGAGGAAAAUGGCCGCCGGAUUCGGUGAGGACGAAGCGCUGGAAGCCGCCGUCUCUCCCUUUCCCGUCUUCUGACAGCGCCUGCGGCUAAGCAGGCCCUUUCCGUUCGAGCUGUGGGCACGGUCCUCAGGCCGGACUGUGAGACGGUAUUGGAAUAAAGAUAGCUACAGCUUUCUGUGAAAAUGUCAGUUCUGAUAUCACAGAGUGUAAUAAAUUAUGUAGAAGAAGAAAACAUUCCUGCCCUGAAAGCUCUUCUUGAAAAAUGCAAAGAUGUAGAUGAGAGAAAUGAGUGUGGCCAGACACCAUUGAUGAUAGCCGCUGAACAAGGCAAUCUGGAAAUAGUGAAAGAGUUAAUUAAGAAUGGAGCUAAUUGCAAUCUGGAAGAUUUGGAUAACUGGACAGCGCUUAUAUCGGCAUCAAAGGAAGGGCACAUGCAUAUUGUGGAAGAACUGCUUAAAUGUGGGGUCAACUUGGAGCACCGCGAUAUGGGAGGAUGGACAGCUCUUAUGUGGGCAUGUUACAAAGGCCGUACUGAAGUGGUAGAGUUGCUUCUUUCUCAUGGUGCCAAUCCAAGUGUCACUGGUUUGCAGUACAGUGUUUACCCAAUCAUUUGGGCAGCAGGGAGAGGCCAUGCAGAUAUAGUGCAUCUUUUACUGCAAAAUGGUGCUAAAGUCAACUGCUCCGAUAAGUAUGGAACCACCCCUCUUGUUUGGGCUGCACGGAAGGGUCAUUUGGAGUGUGUUAAACAUUUAUUGGCCAUGGGAGCUGAUGUUGAUCAAGAAGGAGCUAAUUCAAUGACUGCACUGAUUGUGGCAGUAAAAGGAGGCUACACACAGUCAGUAAAGGAAAUUUUGAAGAGGAAUCCAAAUGUAAAUUUAACAGAUAAGGAUGGAAAUACAGCUUUGAUGAUUGCAUCAAAGGAGGGACAUACAGAGAUUGUACAGGAUCUCCUCGACGCUGGAACAUAUGUGAACAUACCUGACAGGAGUGGGGAUACUGUGUUGAUUGGUGCUGUCAGAGGCGGUCAUGUGGAAAUUGUUCGAGCACUUCUCCAGAAAUAUGCUGAUAUAGACAUCAGAGGACAGGACAACAAAACUGCUUUGUAUUGGGCUGUAGAGAAAGGAAAUGCAACAAUGGUGAGAGAUAUCUUACAGUGCAAUCCUGACACUGAGAUAUGCACAAAGGAUGGUGAGACACCACUUAUCAAGGCUACCAAGAUGAGAAGUAUUGAAGUAGUAGAGCUGCUGCUAGAUAAAGGAGCUAAAGUGUCUGCUGUAGAUAAGAAAGGAGACACUCCUUUGCAUAUUGCUAUUCGUGGGAGGAGUCGGAAACUGGCAGAACUUCUUUUACGAAAUCCCAAAGAUGGGAGGUUACUUUAUAGGCCCAACAAAGCAGGCGAGACUCCCUACAACAUUGACUGUAGCCAUCAAAAAAGUAUUUUAACUCAAAUAUUUGGAGCCAGACACUUGUCUCCUACUGAAACAGACGGUGACAUGCUUGGUUACGAUUUGUAUAGCAGUGCGCUGGCAGACAUUCUCAGCGAGCCUACCAUGCAGCCACCCAUUUGUGUGGGGCUGUAUGCACAGUGGGGAAGUGGGAAAUCCUUCUUACUCAAGAAACUAGAAGAUGAAAUGAAGACUUUUGCAGGACAACAGAUUGAACCUCUUUUUCAGUUUUCCUGGCUUAUAGUAUUUCUGACCUUGCUGCUUUGUGGAGGGCUUGGUUUAUUGUUUGCUUUUACGGUCGACCUGAAUCUUGGAAUAGCAGUAUCAUUGAGCCUCUUAGCUCUCUUAUAUAUAUUUUUUAUUGUCAUUUACUUUGGUGGACGAAGGGAAGGAGAGAGUUGGAAUUGGGCCUGGGUCCUCAGUACGAGAUUGGCAAGACAUAUUGGAUAUUUGGAGCUCCUCCUCAAACUGAUGUUUGUAAACCCACCUGAACUGCCAGAGCAGACUACUAAAGCUUUACCUGUGAGGUUUUUAUUUACAGAUUACAACAGGCUGUCCAGCGUAGGUGGAGAAACAUCGAUGGCUGAAAUGAUCGCGACUCUCUCGGAUGCCUGUGAGAGAGAGUUUGGCUUUUUGGCAACCAGGCUCUUUCGAGUAUUUAAGACUGAAGAUACGCAGGGCAAAAAGAAAUGGAAAAAAACGUGUUGCCUGCCAUCUUUUGUCAUCUUCCUUUUUAUCUUUGGCUGCAUUAUUGCUGGAAUUACUCUCCUGGCUAUUUUCAGAGUUGACCCAAAACAUCUGACAGUGAAUGCUGUCCUCAUAUCAAUUGCGUCAAUAGUGGGAUUGGCCUUUGUGCUGAACUGUCGUACAUGGUGGCAGGUGCUGGACUCUCUCCUGAAUUCUCAAAGGAAACGCCUCCAUAAUGCUGCCUCUAAACUGCACAAACUGAAAAGUGAAGGAUUCAUGAAGGUUCUUAAGUGUGAAGUGGAAUUGAUGGCCAGGAUGGCAAAAACCAUUGACAGCUUCACUCAGAAUCAGACAAGGCUGGUGGUUAUCAUUGAUGGAUUAGAUGCCUGUGAGCAGGACAAAGUACUCCAGAUGCUGGACACUGUCCGAGUUCUGUUUUCAAAAGGCCCAUUCAUUGCCAUUUUUGCAAGUGAUCCACAUAUUAUUAUAAAGGCAAUUAACCAGAACCUCAACAGUGUGCUUCGUGACUCAAAUAUAAAUGGACACGACUAUAUGCGCAAUAUAGUUCAUUUACCCGUUUUUCUUAAUAGUCGUGGACUAAGCAAUGCAAGAAAAUUUCUUGUGACUUCAACAACAAAUGGGGACAUUCCAUGCACAGAUACUGCAGGGGUACAGGAAGAUGCCGACAGAAGAGUUUCACAAAACAGCCUUGGAGAGAUGACUAAGCUCGGUAGCAAAACAGCCCUUAACAGACGGGAUACGUACCGAAGAAGGCAGAUGCAGCGGACCAUUACUCGGCAGAUGUCCUUUGAUCUUACAAAACUGCUGGUUACUGAGGACUGGUUCAGUGACAUAAGUCCUCAGACCAUGAGAAGAUUACUUAAUAUUGUUUCUGUGACAGGACGAUUACUGAGAGCCAAUCAGAUUAGUUUCAAUUGGGACAGGCUUGCUAGCUGGAUCAACCUUACUGAGCAGUGGCCGUACCGAACUUCAUGGCUCAUAUUAUAUUUGGAAGAGACUGAAGGUAUUCCAGAUCAAAUGACAUUAAAAACCAUCUAUGAAAGAAUAUCAAAGAAUAUUCCGACAACUAAAGAUGUUGAACCACUGCUUGAAAUAGAUGGAGAUAUAAGAAACUUUGAAGUGUUUUUGUCUUCAAGGACCCCAGUUCUUGUGGCCCGAGAUGUAAAAACCUUUUUGCCAUGCACUGUAAACCUAGACCCCAAGCUACGGGAAAUUAUUGCAGACGUUCGCGCUGCGAGAGACCAGAUUAAUAUUGGAGGACUUGCAUAUCCUGCACUGCCUUUACACGAAGCUCCACCUAGACCACCAUCAGGCUACAGUCAGCCUCCAUCCGUCUGUUCUUCUUCCACUUCCUUCAAUGGACCAUUUGGAGGUGGGGUCGUGUCACCACAGCCUCAUAGCAGCUAUUACAGUGGGAUGACGGGACCUCAGCAUCCGUUCUACAACAGACCAUUCUUUGCCCCCUACCUUUACACGCCAAGGUAUUACCCUGGCGGCUCCCAACACCUCAUCUCACGUCCAUCAGUAAAAACGAAUUUGCCCAGAGAUCAGAGCAAUGGCCUACCGUGUGACUCUGGGUUUAACAAACAAAGACAGGGGUCAGGCCCAGCCUCAGGAGCAAUGAUAUCACUGAAUUCAAUGAAUGUGGAUGCAGUGUGCGAGAAACUGAAACAAAUAGAAGGGCUGGACCAGAGUAUGCUGCCUCAGUAUUGUGCAACCAUCAAAAAGGCAAACAUAAACGGCCGUGUGUUAGCUCAGUGUAACAUUGAUGAACUGAAGAAAGAGAUGAGCAUGAAUUUUGGGGACUGGCAUCUUUUUAGAAGCACAGUACUAGAAAUGAGAAAUGCAGAAAACCAAGUGGUCCCUGAAGACCCACGUUUACUUAGUGAAAACAACAGUGGCCCAGUUCCUCAUGGUGAAUCUGCUCGUCGCCCUUCACACAACGAAUUGCCUCAUACUGAGCUUUCCAAUCAAACUCCCUACACACUGAACUUCAGCUUUGAAGAACUGAAUACACUUGGCCUAGAUGAAGGUGCCCCACGUCACAGUAAUCUAAGUUGGCAGUCACAAACUCGCAGAACCCCAAGUCUUUCGAGUCUCAAUUCCCAGGAUUCCAGUAUUGAAAUUUCAAAGCUUACUGAUAAGGUGCAGGCCGAGUAUAGAGAUGCCUAUAGAGAAUAUAUUGCUCAGAUGUCUCAGUUAGAAGGGGGCACAGGUUCCACAACAAUUAGUGGCAGAUCUUCUCCACAUAGUACAUACUAUAUGGGUCAGAGUUCAUCAGGGGGCUCCAUUCAUUCUAACCUAGAACCAGAGAAAGGGAAGGAUAGUGAACCAAAGCAAGAUGACGGAAGGAAGUCAUUUUUAAUGAAGAGGGGAGAUGUUAUAGAUUAUUCUUCAUCAGGGGUUUCCACUAAUGAUGCCUCACCCCUGGAUCCUAUUACUGAAGAAGAUGAGAAAUCUGAUCAGUCAGGCAGUAAGCUUCUCCCAGGCAAGAAGUCCUCAGAAAGGUCGAGCCUCUUCCAGACAGAUUUGAAGCUUAAGGGAGGUGGACUGCGCUAUCAAAAACUUCCAAGUGAUGAGGAUGAAUCUGGGACAGAAGAAUCGGAUAAUACUCCUCUGCUCAAAGAUGAUAAAGAUAAGAAAGUUGAAGGGAAAGUAGAGAGAAUAUCAAAGUCUCCAGAACACAGUGCUGAGCCGAUUAGAACCUUCAUUAAAGCAAAAGAAUAUUUGUCAGAUGCCCUCCUUGACAAAAAGGACUCAUCUGAUUCAGGAGUGAGAUCCAGCGAAAGUUCUCCCAAUCACUCUCUUCACAAUGAGGGGGCUGAUGACUCCCAGCUUGAAAAGGCAAAUCUCAUUGAGCUUGAAGAUGAUAGCCACAGUGGAAAGCGGGGAAUACCACAUAGCUUGAGUGGCCUGCAAGAUCCAAUUAUAGCUCGGAUGUCCAUUUGUUCCGAAGAUAAGAAAAGCCCUUCCGAAUGUAGCCUGAUAGCCAGUAGUCCUGAAGAAAACUGGCCGGCAUGUCAGAAAGCCUACAACCUGAAUCGAACACCCAGCACUGUGACUCUGAACAACAACAGUGCACCAGCUAAUAGAUCCAAUCAGAAUUUUGAUGAAAUGGAAGGAAUGAGGGAGACUUCCCAAGUCAUUCUGAGGCCUGGUUCCAGUUCCAACCCAACUGCCAUUCAGAAUGAAAAUCUAAAAAGCAUGACGCAUAAGCGAAGCCAACGUUCAAGUUACACAAGGCUCUCCAAGGAUUCUUCAGAGCUCCACGCAGUGGCCUCUUCUGAUAGUACAGGCUUUGGAGAGGAAAGAGAAAGCAUUCUUUAAGAGAAAUAAGCAAAAGCAGAAUAGUAUUACUAUAGCCCUAUGACAGAAUUGACCUGAGUUUUUAGUGAAUCUAUCCAUGCAUGUCAUCUUUGUACAUUUCAAUCACAAAUAAUUAAUGAAUGGCAAGGUCUUUGGUAAAAGAAGCAUUCACUAUACAACAGAGGAAAGUGUAAGAAAGGGUGGUUGAUCAAUCAUUCUCCACUGUCUUUGUAAUUAGAAGCUUAAAAACUCAUUAUUGUUAUUGGAACUUUCAUUGGGACACAACCCCCUAAAAAUUUUUGAGGCAAGAUCUAAGUAUAAAGAUAGGUCAGAAAUAUCUUACUAGAUAGAAAGGGCAUGGUUUGCCAAAGAAAAUGGAAAGCUAGAGACCCCUUUUGUACAACAUUCACUCAUCAAAUAUUCAAAGGAAGACAUGGUGUUAGAUGAGCCAGAAGCAAAUUUUGCUCUUAGAGGGUAAAAGAUAAGAAUUUAUAGGUUAUGGAGUAGCCCAGAGACUAAAUGCUGUAUAAAUUGAGACCCAGUGUUGUAUAUAAUAGACACAUUGUUUAAUAAGGGCUUUAAAAAUUGAUAAGAAGAUGAAUGAACAGUGCUCAAAAUAGAGCCCCAGUGACAAGACCUUUUUGAGCUGCUAGGAGAAUGGCCUGUGGGGAGGGGCCAAGAACCUCCCUAGGACCUGGAAGCUCACCUCCAAAUCCCAGACCUGGCUGUAAGCAUCAUCCACCAGCUUGAGAACCCACGCUGGUCUUUUCUAUGACUCUUUUAAAUGGUGUGCCCAACUUUUCUUAGCCUAGCAAUGAGAGGGAAAAACAUGAAUUCUUUCUCGGGAGAAUCAGGGAGACAUGGGUAAUAAUAGGCUCUAAUAAAUAUUAAUGGACCAAAAUAAUGAGGAAAUAAUUACAUCAGAAAGUCAGUGUCACUUGACAAAUGACAAGGAAAUAUUUAAUUAGGUAAACUAAAUUAUUGCCUUCUAUACCAGGGUGGAGUAUAUCUGUCUACUUCAUCUAUUCCAAAACCAGCAUGCUAACCCUGGCGUUGGGGGGGGUGGGUACCGUAAGAAAGGAUAUACUCUAAGAAGUUUUAAAAUGUAAAAGUAAGGGUAAAAAGCAGAUAAAACUGGUGGGAUUCUCCAUUUAUUGUUAGUAGGGUUAAGAGAAUGAUCACAUUUAAGUAUCGAAUGGACUAGAAGUGGACCCUGUCAUCAUGCGUUGAAUUUUUUUGUUAUUGUUUUAGCAUAGCCUGUUUAUAUAGAAUUAAUUCUGUCAGUAUAUCCUCAGUCACAGAUAAGAUCGUAGAUGGUGAGAUCGUAGAAUGUGCAGUUACCCAAAUUUAGUGUUACACUUGUGAUGGUUUUCACUUGAUAGAUUUUUAUUAAUUUGCUGAAUAAAUUAUUUAGUUGACCAGUCAUUGCACUAAAUAGUUGCUGUUUGGGGUUUCAUUGUCUUGAUGUUUUGAGUAUAAUCUAACAUUUCCUUAAAGUGUUUAUUUCGCAUGACUUUAACAAAUGUUUUUAACCAAUUAAAAAAAGGCAGGAUGUUAUUGACAUUAUAUAUUGAAAUGUUAACAUUUUAGUAUUUAUAGUGUUUUAGUUCACAAUAUUGUAUAAUCAGUAAUUAUUUCAGAGGCAAUAUUUUGUUGUUUUUCCGGUGAGUAGAUGCAGCUUAUUAUCAUUGUCGUACAUUCUUUACGCUGUUUGUGAAGUUAAUACUAGAGUAUUAAGUGUACAAAUAGAUUUAGAAAACAAUAAAAAAAAUUGCAUGUUA